AUUUAUCAUCAAAUGAAGCGGGGCCGUCAUAUACACCUACAUACAAUCUUAUGGAAACCGAUGAGCCAGUAAGAUCUGAUAGUGUCCUUGGAUUUGACUCCCUCGCAUUAAACGAAGAUGGCGAUAACGUCGAUGGAAUAACACCAUCGAGGUUAAGAUUAUUCGAACAACAUCUUGAUCGUGUGACAUCUUCGCCAGAUUUUGAUGGUCAAAGAUUAUUUACUACUUUAAUCCAAGAUAUCAAUAACGAAUUGCCGGAAGAUCAACGAUUCACCACAGAAGAGGCUAAAGCAGCAUUAAAGAAGAUGGAGGAUUUAAAUAAGGUUAUGUAUAGUGGUGAAGUAAUUUAUGUUAUUUGA